UGUCUGGCCGAGACUCACACGUGGUGGUGAGGAUCCUGUGCAAUGUCACAAUGGGGUGCACCUCCCCAGCGCGGAGGAGCUAGAAGCUUCGCAGUCAGAGCAGUGCUGGGCGCCUGCGCAGUGAUCCCUCAGCGUCUCGUGUUGAAGGAGUCUAGAGACCCCCGCCUCCGCCCCUCGCCCUUCGCUCUUCGCUAAACGCUCGCGCACGCGCACCCGGCCGCGCGCGCACGCGCCUCACCUCGCUCAACCCCUGCCUGGUCUGCGGGCUGCAGAACGGGCGCGCGAUCGCGGGCAGGCGGGCGAGCGAGCCAGCAGGCGGGCGGGGACCGCGCACCGUCCACUCGGGGGCUGUGCGGAGGAGGAGCGGGCUCCGGGCUCCCGGCUCCAGGCGGCGGAAGCGGCGCCUCCAAUCAGGCGGCGGGCUCGCGACCCUCGGCGUGCCCGGCCUGCGCUGCCCGCCCCGCGGACUGACUGACGCGCCGGCUCGCCCCCGCCCCCGCGCCCGCCCCCUCCUAGUCUCCCCGGGCUAGGGCUCAGCUCGACUCGGCUCAGCUCGGCUCCACUGCUCUGCGCUCUCGUCUUCUCCAGCCCUCGCCAGGCCCAUUCCCUGCCCGCAGCGGCUCCUCGGCUGUGCGGUGGCGGCCCGCUUGCGCUCGGCAUCUGCAAGAGACCCAGAGGCGGCGGCGGCGGCGGCGGCGGCGGCGGCAGUGGCAGCGCCGAGGAUGAAGUGCAAACCGAACCAGACGCGGACCUACGACCCCGAGGGCUUCAAGAAGCGCGCCGCGUGCCUGUGCUUCCGCAGCGAGCGCGAGGACGAGGUGCUGCUGGUGAGCAGCAGCCGCUACCCCGACCGCUGGAUCGUGCCCGGCGGGGGCAUGGAGCCCGAGGAGGAGCCGGACGGCGCGGCGGUGCGCGAGGUGUACGAGGAGGCGGGAGUCAAGGGGAAGUUGGGCCGGCUGCUGGGCGUCUUCGAGCAGAACCAGGACCGCAAGCACCGGACCUACGUGUUCGUGCUCACCGUCACCGAGCUGCUGGAGGAUUGGGAAGACUCGGUCAGCAUCGGCAGGAAGCGAGAGUGGUUCAAGAUCGAAGAUGCCAUCAAGGUCCUCCAAUGCCACAAGCCCGUGCAUGCCGAGUACCUGGAGAAACUGAAGCUGGGUGGCUCCCCCACUAAUGGAAACUCGGCCGCCCCGUCCCUGCCCGAGAGCGAGCCCUAGUGAGCAGAAACCAUGUUCAAGAUUACACUGAAAUAAAAUCAUUGAUGUGAACCCAGUAUUCAGUGGUAUUGUCAAGUUCACCGGAGCACUUUUAAGGUUCCCAAGGAGACCGCUCAUCUGGUUUUCCUCCUACAUCUCGGAACACUCCUCUGUCUAUUUUACCAACGUUUUUGCUCUGGUUGUUGUACUAUUGUAUGUGAGCAGACUUAAUUCAGCACCUAUAGCCUUUUGUUGUGCUUUUCUGAUGUGUCUGCCUUCUUCAUUAGACUAUUAUCUUUCAGAGCAACAGCUAUUUUUCCUUACUUUGCAUAUCCUGCAUCCAAGACACUACUUGAAAUAUGGUUGGCAUCACUGGAGGUCUUUGAGUCAAUUAAUAUUUUGCAAUCUCUUUGUGGCAAAACAUUUCCCUUCCGAUCUGGUGCUAGUAGAGGUUCUGCUAUCUAAGCACCAUGUAUGUGGUUUAUGUGUUUUCGGGGUUUCAGAAACACUUCAGGACAGUUGAAGAUGUUCAAGGGCAAGAAUUAGUACUCAUUUCUAUGUCAUACCAUAAAAUGGCUGGCAUACUUUUAAUAUUGUGCCAUCAUUUAGGGUAACAUUAGUGUUUUUGUACUGUUGUUAAUUUGCUUAAAAUUUUAUUCAAAAACACCACUUGCUAUAAAGGUAAUUGUAAAACCACUACAAUGAAAACCUAUUAUUGUGAGUUUUUAUAAAAAUAAAUUUUAAAAUAAUAUACAAAUAAUACAUUUAAUUUUUUGCAAUGCUCUAUUUACUUCUUAAAUGUCAACAUUUCCUUGCAGAAAGUACUGUUUUUUUGUUUAUUUUAAAGAUUCAAUGUUGUGUAAUAUUUGAAGGUGAGCACGAAGGCAGUUCUCAGAGCUAAUUAUGCCAUUUAGUUGCCUAAGUGUUUUUUGCCUCUCUCACUGUUUCAGUUUGCUGUGGCUCGCAUCCCUUUCCUAGGCCGCUCAACUAGCUUCUCAGUAGCACAUGCUUCCCGCAUGUAAAAUUGCAGAAAGCUGAGAGCGCUAAAUUGGUGUCACUUAGAAAGGCUUCAGGGAAAAAGACUGCUGUAAAAGGGGAACACAAAAUGAAGAAUUUAAAUGAGGGAGCUUGGGUCAACUCUUUCCAGAAGAAUAAGCCUAUAACAAGGACAAGGAAAUUUCAGAGUUUUGCCACAGAGUUGUGUGAUGUCAACACUCUUAUUCAGUUCAUUACAAGGGUUCCAAAGAGGUUCUAAUAUGGUUGUUGUGUUUUACUUUUUCAUUAUGAACCAUUCUAUUGGGAAAGGCUUGAACUCCAAUUUAGUGUUAACACCCUUCCUCAUGGUACCAGUAAAAUGUAUUGUGUCCCCAUAUCUUACAGACUUUGAAAUAAAACCACAUCUUAUAAUUUACUGGAGUUUCUAUUUGUGAUAUGUAUUGUGGUUUUACUUUCUAAAGAAACCCUUAUCUUUUAGAAAACUGUACUGAAAAUAUACAGAUAUGCUACUGUUAUUUGCUUCAAUAUCAUCAGGGUGGUAUAAGUUUGUAUAUAAAUGAAACAAGAUUGGCUCUGAUUUGAUAAUUGUUGAAGCUGUGUGAUAGAUGUUUGAGAAUUCAUUAUUCUCUAUACUUUUGUAUAUGUUUGAAGUUUUCCAUAAUAAAAAUUGCAAAGAUGUA